AUGAGCGACGUAUCAGCACCAAAGCCCAGCAGCAGCGUCAAGCUGGUCUUGCUGGGAGAGGCUGCAGUGGGAAAGUCAUCACUGGUCCUGCGCUUCGUAAACAACGACUUCCAGCCCAAUAAGGAACCCACUAUCGGCGCCGCUUUCCUCACAAAGAAGAUCACGCUACCUGCCCGCACUAUCAAGUUCGAGAUCUGGGAUACUGCAGGCCAGGAACGUUUCGCUUCGCUCGCUCCCAUGUACUACCGCAACGCACAGGCUGCCCUUGUUGUCUACGAUCUGACCAAGCCAUCUUCUUUGGUCAAGGCCCGACACUGGGUUGCCGAGCUGCAGCGCCAGGCUUCUCCAGGCAUCGUGAUUGCUUUGGUCGGAAACAAGUUCGACCUGUGCGGUGAGGAAGGAGAGGACGCCGAGGAUGACGCUGCUACCGAGGCUGCUGCAGGUGAAGAUGAAGACGGCGCAGAUGCAAGAAAGGUCAGCACGCGCGAGGCCAAGUCAUAUGCAGACGAGGAGAAUCUACUGUUCUUCGAGACUUCCGCGAAGAACGGCACCAACGUUACCGAAGUCUUCACUGCAAUCGCCAACGGCAUUCCUGAAACAAGCCUCAAAGGUCCCAGAGGAGGCGCCGCUGCCGCCAGAGCCGGUGCUGGCGACGCUGCUGCACAAGGCCAGGAGUCAAGGGUCAACCUGAACAGCAUCCGGGAAGCUGGCGCAAAGGAGGGUUGCGCUUGUUAA